GACGCUAACUACUGCUACUUUCUGUCUGAAAAAAUCGUUUUGUUGAUGAUUUAGGAAACCGGACACGCAAUUUAUCAACCAUGCGAGGGUAUGGUUAUAAUCAUAAUGAGUUGAUGGACAGUACAGUGGUAGUGUGAUGAUGUCAUAAUAAAUGAUCCAGGCGAUUUAAUCAUGGAAAAAGAGUUGAGUGAAGAGUUCACGAAGUUCGAAUGUGAUCUUAUUACUGAAGAUCUUCGUAAAUGUGCUGAAUUGGAAUUACAUGAAAGAGAAGAUAAACUAUCAACUUAUCUUGAAAAUCUUAAAGAUUUAUUGAAAAAUGAAAAAGGUUUAACUCCUUGUUUAGAUGAGAGUUUUCUACUAAUGUUCUUACGGGCAAGGAAGUUUGACUGUCAAGCAGCUAAUGAGCUCAUUAAAAAAUACUAUAAAGCUCCAUUGGAACUUCCUAGUAUGUUCGUAAAUUUCAAUCCUCAUUCUUGUAUGAAUGCCAUCAAUUCAGGAAUUCAUUACUUUCUACCAUACAGAAGCCCAGAAGGAUGUGCCAUUUUACUCUCAAAGUUUGGUAAGUGGGAUCCAAACACUUUAACAUGUGAAGAACUUCUAAAGUUCAACAUCAUGUGCAACGAAAUGGCGAUUCGUAAUCCAGUUACUCAAAUUUGUGGUACAAUCACCAUUGCUGAUAUGAAGGAUUUUUCUUGGUCCCAUUUGCUUCAAAUACCCAUGAAUGAAGUCCGGUGCUUUAUCAAUACAUUACAGGAUUGCUUACCAAUUCGUGACAAAGCCAUCCACAUUAUAAAUCACUCUACUAUUUUCUCUGUGCUGUUUUCACUGGUUAAGCCAAUAUUGAGUGAAAAAAUAAAAGAGAGAAUCUAUUUCCAUGGUAGUGAUCUCAAAAGUUUGCACAAACAUCUACCGCCAGCUAUUUUACCAGAACAUUUAGGUGGAAAUUUGCCUAAUGAGCCGAACCAAGAAUUUUAUGAUCUAUUAUUAAACAGCGAAGACUACUUCAUAGCACGCUUGAACCAUGGUUAUCUACCCCAGGAAGAAGUAGCUAGUACCUGAAAAAAAAUUUAUUGCUUACCUUAUUUAUAUCUGUGAUAUAUUUAUCGGUCUGUUUUAUUCAUGAUCGAUUCAAUAUAGCUUAUAUUUUUUAAAUCAAUAUCUUCAUGCUCAUUUUAAUGCAAAUUUAGAAAAUGCAUAUAUUUUAAAUAUAAAUUUUUUAAGUUAUAUAUAUUUUUUUCUUUUUUAAAAUAAUCACUGUGCUUUAGCUUUCUAAUACACUUAUACAUCUAGAAAUGAUUGCCAAUUAUUUAAUGGACUGUAGAUAGUUUCUAGUCAUUUCAUUGUCAGUAAUAAACAAUUUAUUACUUUUAAUUUUUGAUAAUAAAUAAUACAAUUAUUGUUUUAUUUUGUGUUGAAAUUGGUAUUGUCUUUUUGAAAUAUCAAAAUAAGUGACACAUGGGUGCACCCUUGUAUAAAUUAUUUAAAAAAGACAUAGAUUUAAUCUUCCGUAUAUGAAUAUU